ACCAAUUAGGCACUAGAGGUCAGCAAUCUCGAUGCUGCGUGCGCAAGUUGACAUUUCUUUCUUUCAUUCUUUCUGUGUAUGUUCUCAAACAACUGAAAUAUGUCAGCUCAUAAGACGUUUAUUAUCAAGCGCAAGCUUGCCAAAAAAUUGAAACAGAACAGGCCUAUUCCACAAUGGGUUAGAAUGCGAACUGGCAAUACAAUCCGAUACAAUGCUAAAAGGAGACAUUGGAGGAGAACAAAACUCAAGCUUUAAGCCCGUGGAAUGGAUAUAUUUUAUAAUGGAAAUUAACAAUACGUUCAUUAAUAAAAUAAUGUCAAUUUAAACUUA